AUGUUUUUCUACGGAAGCGACAGUGACGAUGAUUGUAUGCUUGCACCUCAGAGAUGUCAGCUGCGGGAUAAAAGUGAUCCUCUUUCUCUGAAUGAAAAUCAGUUUCGUCAGUAUUUUAGAGUGAGUCGAGAAGCUUUCAAGAAUAUUCUUGAAACAACCGAGUUCCCGCAAACUUCCAAAUCCUCAGCUAUUCCUUCUACGUUGAAAUUGGCAGCCACUUUAAAUCUACUAGCUAGUGGAUCCUAUCAAACCAACGUUGGAGCAAGCUUUUUGCUUGGAAUGGCGCAGCCAACCGUUUCUACGAUAUUUAGCGAAUUAAUAUCUCUAUUAGAAGAAACCCUCUGUGAAAAGUGGAUCGGAUUAAAUACGCAAUCCUUCAAUGAAACAAAAAAGCACUACUUUGAUAAAUUCAAGAUACCCGGUGUCAUAGGGUGUAUCGAUGGUACCCAUAUACCCAUUUUGAGACCUACAAAGGACGAACACAUGUAUUUUAAUCGAAAAGGAUUUCACAGUAUCAACGCCAUGAUAAUAACCGACCAUAACUAUCGCAUUCUGGCCAUAAAUCCCCGUUUCGAUGGAGCUGCUCACGACUCAUUUGUGUGGGACAUUAGUGCAGAACGAGAGUUUUUCGAAGAAAACUUCCGGAAUGGAGAAUCUAGAUUAUUAGGCGAGGAGACUAUAGCAAGAGUUUCUUCUGUGAAGGACUUGGGCAUCACCAUGGACACCAAGUUGACAUUCGACGAACACAUCUCCGCAUCGAUCAGCAGAGCCUACGUGACACUCGGUUUCAUACGAAGGAACACGCAGAACUUCAGAGACAUCUACUGUCUGCGAACUCUGUUCUGUACACACGUGAGAAGCAUACUGGAGUACGGAAUACAAAUUUAG